AUGGAAAGCACAAAGAUCAACCACACUCCCAUGGGAACAACCACAAGGUUGGACCAAGACCCCAAGGGAACUCGUGUGGACCAAACAAAAUACAGAGGUCUUUGUGCAAGAUUUCAAUCAGAUCCAAAGGAAUCGCAUCUAACAGCCGUCAAAAGAAUACUACGAUACUUAAAAGGGACGGAAGAUUUGUGUCUGUUUUAUCCAAAAAGUGAUUCGUUUGACCUAAGAGGAUAUGCUGAUGCUGAUUAUGCAGGAGAUUUAGUAAAUCGUAAAAGCAACGUCAGUGCCAUUUGCAUCUCUAAAGAUCCAGUUCAACAUUCUAAAGUCAAGCACAUACAUGUAAGGCAUCACUUUUUGAAAGAUAACGUUGAAAAGGGCUUAAUUAGGCUAGAUUUUAUUUCUACUGAAUGUCAAAUUGUUGAUAUAUUGACUAAGCCUUUAAGCAGAGACAAGUUUGAAAAGAUGCGUGUAGAAUUGGGGAUGCUACGGCUCAAGUGA